AAUUAACUCUUCCUUAGUUCCUAUACCCUUAGCUUCGCUGUGGCGGAGCCAGGGACAACACGGGGAGAUGCGGAUACGGCACGGGUCAGAAACCAGCUUCCCUGGACACAAAGAAGUCAUGCAGUAGAGGAAGAAGACGGGUCAUGCAGCGACGAUUGACCGUAUUCGCACACUCAUAAUGGAAGAUGUGGUGGACCAGCUACUACAGGAAGUGGCUAAAUGCUUCCAGAAGUAUUCUACGUUGACAGAUGAGGUCCUGUCUGGAUUAGCGUUCGUAUUUCAAGGAACUCUGCUGCCAGCCCUGAGUCUUGUGGAUAGCAAAAGUGUCACGCGCCUUGUGUCUCCCAGUUCCAGGUGUCUGUACGAGGUGCGUGGGAGCUCCGGGAACGUAUACAUGUGCUUCGAGGGAUUGAACUAUUGCUGCUGUCCUUCUUACACCUACUCAGUUCUUAAACGACGUGAUAGUAUGAUGUGCAAACACAUUUUGGCAGUAAGACUGAGUGAGGCAAUGCAAACCUGCUGUACUGUAAAUGUGCAAGACGAUGACAUAGCUACAAUCAUCAUCAACAUGGACACGUGACGACAAAAUAUCUGCCACCAUCAUGUAGGCUUGCAGACGACAUGGCUGCUACCAUCAACAUCUAUUGUGAUGACGACACAUCUGCCAUCAACAUCAACAUUAGAACUGCAAAUAUGCACAGUCACAGGUUCAGCCCUGUUGUAAUGGUAAUUGUAUUAAUGUAGUAAUGGUCAGGGCAGUCGUAGAUUAAACCCUGUUGUACGGAAAUGACAUAAAGGAAAUGAAAUGUAAAUACGCAUUAUAUCUGAAGUAGAUAAUCGGGAAGGAGUGUGACUUCAAUAAACAAGGGAAAUUCGUCAUUUACUAGCCUUAGAAUACCUACGAUUUACUAUGCA